AAACAACCCAAGUAUGGGGAGAUACCACAGGUCCGCCCGGAGCAGAAGUUACAGUCCCCGUCGUCGUACACCCACUCCACCGCCACCGUCUCGCCGCCGUUACGACGAUCCUCGCGGCCGUCGUCACGAUGACUAUCGAGACCGUCGUUCCAACGUUCAACGCCGCCGCUCACCUGCUCCAUGCGGUCUUCUCGUUCGCAAUAUCUCCCUCGAUUCUAGGUUAACAUAUCGUAUUAUACAUACUUGCCUGUAUACCUGAAACUCUGUUCUAGUUAGGUUACUAGGUUUUUAUUUUAUAUAUUAUUAGGUGUUAGAGAUGAUUAUGCGUCCGUGAAUAAUUUGAUUUUGUUGGAUUAUUAUUUUGAGUAUAUACGCAAAACUUAUUGUUCAAAUAAUUAUAUUGAGGGUGAAAGUAUAUAUGCAAAACCUAGGUACAGGAUUGGAAUUGGAAUUUGCGCAUGAAUUGAAAUUUGAUUUGGAAGUUAGGCAUGUUCUUUUAGCAUAAUGGAAUGGAACUGGAAUUCUUUAUGUUAAUUCUUCUUUUGUUGAAACAAACAACAUAAGAAAUGAAAUCUACAUUUUAAUUUCGUCUGGAUUCCAUUCCAUUCUGUUUAAUGAACACUCCCUAAAUUGUUUCCAAGUUACAAAACUGAAAAAUAUUAUAGAAAGUAUAAGAUAUUAGGACAUGCAGGAUAUUGAUAACAUUCUUUUAUGAUUUCAGUCUGAAGACAAUUCUUUAGGAGGUUUGGCUAGAGCUUUGUUAAUCUGUCGUAUGCAAUGGAAUUUAUAUAAAAUAUGCAUUGUAAAAGUGCAGGCCUAGAUCAACCUAAUGGUUGGUUUUAAAUUCAUUUUGUUACUAGUCUCGUACUCUAUUGAUUUGUUCAAGAUUAAGUAGCCAUCGGGUGUGAUUCUUUUCAUGUUAAAUUGAUAAUUAGUACUCCUACAACAAUGUCAUUUUUAUCAUGUUAGCGUGGGAAAAUUUGUUAGCUUUAGUUACCUUAUAGUUGUGUAUGGUGCAUGAAAGUUUAGCAAGUCAUCAUAGUCAGUCAAGUGAAUAGUGACCAGUACAGAAAUUUCGAACCCAAGUUUGAUGUACUGAAGAACUCUAAGGCAAGUUGGCUCAUUGUAUCACAUGCGUGUUUCACCACCAGAAGAUCUUAGGAUCCCUUUUGAACGUUUUGGCCCCGUGAAAGAUGUCUAUCUUCCCAAAAACUAUUAUACUGGUGAGCCACGUGGGUUUGGUUUUGUGAAGUUCCGUAACCCUGAAGAUGCAGCAGAAGCUAAACAUGAGCUAAAUCAUUGUGUGAUCGGGGGGCGUGAAAUAGCUAUUGUUUUUGCUGAAGAAAAUAGAAAAACUCCGCGUGAAAUGAGAUCGACUAGUCAGAUUAGUGGGCGUCAUGGAGGAGGCUCGGUUACUAGGCGGACCCCGCCUAGGUCUUCUAGACGCCGCUCGUAUUCUCGCUCUUUAUCACCUGCCAGACGUGACUACAGUGAUAGAGGCCGGAAUGAGCAUUCAAGGUCUUCUAUAUCACCACCACCACCUCAUGAUGAUGAUGAUGAUGAUGAUGAUGGUAGAAGACACAAGUCUAGACGUUCAAGUCCUGGGGGAAAUGGCAGUGAUAGAGGUCGGAAUGAGCAUUCAAGGUCUUCUAUAUCACCACCACCACCACCUCAUGAUGAUGAUGAUGGUAGAAGACACAAGUCUAGACGUUCAAGUCCUGGGAGAAAUGGCAGGGGGUCGAUGUAUACAGACCAGAGAGGCAGUUCUCAUGACAAACCACAACCGCUGCUUGCACAAGACUGGAAGUCAAAUGAGGCUGGUGGUGGUGGUGGUGGUGGUCGGCUUUCAAGGUCAAGGUCAAGGUCUAGGUCCCCUCCACCUUAUUAGUCAAUGGAUCCUUCUCAACCUCAUCUCUUUCAGGUGAAUGGUGGUUGAUAGAAAGACAGUGACCAAAUUUUCCUGCUCAGAAAGUUAAAAUUUUGGUUUGAACUUUGAUACAAUUUAACUUCUUCAUGCCUUGGGAAUGUAAUGUUACUUUGCUAUAUAUGCUUAUGCAGUAUGCCAAUAUAUGUUUUCUGGUAUUUUUGUUUA